UGUGCCGGCUGCGGCGGCUCGGCCAUGGCGGAGCUGAGCGCGGAGCGGCUGCGGGCGCUGCCUGGCUCCUGGAGUUACGGCAUCAGCCAGGGCGGCCGCGUCUUCUUCAUCAACGAGGAGGCGAAGAGCACAACCUGGCUGCACCCGCUCACCGGCGAGGCCGUGAUCACCGGGCACCGCCGCAGCGCAGACUUACCCACAGGUUGGGAGGAAGCGUAUACUUUUGAAGGUGCAAGAUAUUAUGUAAAUCAUAAUGAACGAAAAGUAACCUGCAAACAUCCAGUGACAGGACAGCCAUCGCAGGACAACUGUAUUUUUGUUGUGAAUGAGCAGACUGCUGCAGCAAUGUCAUCUGAAGACAAGAAGGAGCGACCAGUAAGCAUGAUAUGUGAAGCAACUAACUAUAAUCUGGCAUCAGAUUAUGCUGCUCAUCCAAUGAGCCCUGUGGGCAGAACAUCACGCUCUUCAAAGAAGGUUCAUAAUUUUGGGAAGAGGUCCAACUCCAUAAAGAGGAAUCCUAAUGCACCAGUUGUCAGACGAGGCUGGCUCUACAAACAGGACAGCACUGGGAUGAAGUUGUGGAAGAAGAGGUGGUUUGUGCUCUCAGAUCUCUGUCUCUUCUAUUACAGAGAUGAGAAGGAGGAGGGAAUCCUGGGGAGCAUCCUUCUGCCCAGCUUCCAGAUCUCUGUGCUGUCUGCUGAGGACCACAUCAACCGCAAAUACGCCUUCAAGGCAGCUCAUCCAAACAUGAGGACCUAUUAUUUCUGCACAGAUACAGGGAAGGAAAUGGAGUUGUGGAUGAAAGCCAUGAUAGAUGCAGCCCUUGUGCAAACAGAGCCUGUGAAAAGAAUAGAGAAGUUGACUGUUGGAAAUAGAUCACCUCGAGAGGCAAACAGUAUUUCAAGCCAUCGGGUGCUGAUUAAGCCAGAGGCACAAAACAACCAGAAGAACAAAGAAGUGACCAAAAAUGAGGAGAAGAAAGCUCUGGAAGCUGAAAAAUACGGAUUCCAGAAAGUGGGGCAGGACAAACCACUGACAAAAAUUAACAGUGUGAAGCUGAACCCCUUGGGGUCGGAGUACAGGACUUUGCCCAUCACCACAAUUCCAGGAGGGCACCUGAGGGCUGUGCAUGUGAAUGGAGCUGAGAGCAGAGCCCUGGCAGCCGGGGAUGCUGCGGAUGGAGCCCAGCAUGAGCGCGUCAUGCAGAGAACCAACUCCAUGCUGCAGCUGGAGCAGUGGAUCAAGAUACAGAGGGGCAGGGGGCAGGAGGAGGAAACAAGAGGCAUCAUCUCGUACCAGACGCUGCCCAGGAACAUGCCGAGCCACCGAGCGCAGGCACUGCCCCGCUACCCAGAGGGGUACAGGACUCUGCCGCGGAACAGCAAGGCGCGCCCCGACAGCCUGUGCAGCGCGGCGCCCGCGGCCUACGAGGACAAGCGGCGCUCCAUGCGCGACGACACCAUGUGGCAGCUCUACGAGUGGCAGCAGCGCCAGUUUUACAGCAAGCAGAGCACCCUGAGCAGGCAUGGCACCCUGAGCAGCCCCAAAGCCGUGGUGGGCAUGGAGCAGCCCCUGCCCUCCAUGCCCCCGUCGCCGUCGCACGGCUCCCUGGCGGGGCUGCAGGCGUUCUCUCCGCAGCGCGCCUUCCGCUCCGAGGUGUCCUCACCCGUGCAGAGGGGAGAUGUCACCAUGGACCGCAGGCACAGGACACAUCACUCCAAGCAUGUCUUUGUGCCUGACAGAAGAUCGAUGCCAGCAGGUCUGACUUUACAGCCUGUUACUCCUCAGAGCCUCCAAGGCAAAACACCGGAGGAGCUGACGCUGCUGCUCAUAAAGCUGAGACGGCAGCAGGCGGAGCUGAGUAGUAUCCGGGAGCACACACUAGCACAGCUCAUGCAGCUAAAGCUUGAGGCCAGCAGCCCAAAGAAUGAGAUUCUUUCACAUCACCUUCAAAGGAAUGCCAUAUAUUUGGAUCACCAGAUGAAAGAGAAUGAACCUUUAAUCACCAUGGUUCACACUAUGAUUGAGAACUCGGCGCUAAGACCCCAACUGUACCAUCAAUUAACACAAGAAGAAUGUAGGGGUACACUAUACAAGUAUAGAACUGAAGAGCUGGACAUUUGAUGUAAGUCAUUUGUAUUCCUUCUUCCUUGUAAAUGUUGCAGGACUAAAGUUGUGCAAGCACUGGAGGAGAAGCUUCAACAGCUACACAAGGAGAAAUAUACACUUGAGCAGGCUCUGCUUUCAGCCAGCCAGGAGAUAGAGAUGCAUGCAGACAACCCAGCAGCCGUCCAGAGCGUGGUGCUGCAGAGGGAUGACCUGCAGAACGGGCUGCUCAGCACCUGCCGAGAGGUGUCCCGAGCCACUGCAGAACUGGAAAGAGCUUGGAGAGAAUAUGAUAAAUUGGAGUAUGAUGUGACUGUAACAAAGAACCAUAUGCAGGAGCAGCUCGAUCGGCUUGGAGAAAUUCAGACUGAAUCAGCAGGGAUCCAGCGUGCUCAGAUUCAGAAGGAGCUGUGGAGAAUUCAGGAUGUCAUGGAGGGUUUACUUAAACAUAAACAGCAAAGAAGCUCUUCUGAGGCAGGCAUCAUGGUAUCAAGGACAUUUUUCUUCUAUUAAAUAUAAAAUGAGGAAGAGGAAGUAGUGCCACCUCGUCCUCCACUCCCUCGGUCCUAUGACUUUACAGAGCAUCCUCCCAUAAUCCCCCCUCUGCCCAGUGAUAGCAGCUCCUUGCUCUGUUAUAGCAGGGGCCCAGUACAUCUGACAGAAGAGAAGAGGAUGUACCAAGUGCAAGGAUAUCAGAGAAAUGGAUCUUACUGUGGUCCUGAUUAUAGGCUUUAUAAGAGCGAACCUGAGCUAACCACAGUGGCUGAAGUGGAUGAGUCUAAUGGUGAAGAAAAAACAGAGCCAGUUUCAGAAUCAGAAUCUUCUGCCAAAGGUUCACAUUUCCCUGUGGGAGUUGUGCCACCUAGAACCAAAUCCCCAACACCAGAGUCCUCAACAAUAGCAUCGUAUGUCACUCUGAGGAAGAACAAGAAGAUAGAUCUCAGAACGGAAAGACCAAGGAGUGCGGUGGAGCAGCUGUGCCUUGCAGAGGGCUCACGGCCUCGCAUGACUGUGGAGGAGCAGAUGGAAAGAAUAAAGAGACACCAGCAGGCUUGUCUGAGGGAGAAGAGGAAAGGACUCAACAUCCUUGGUGUUUCAGAGCACUCUCCUUCCCAGAGCUUCUCCUCUGUCAGGGACAAUCCAUUCAAAUUGGCACAGAAUCGGAAGAAGGAGGAUGCAGUGUCUGCUAACAUGAAGGAGUCAGAGAGCACCAGUAGAGAGAAUAAUUUCAAACGAAACAAUGGAAGUCCUGGAGAAGAAAUAGCACAACUCAAAAAUGAUGGAGAUCAAGAGCAUAAUUCAAGUUUUACUGAAGAGCUGUCAAAAACUGAUGAUCCUUUAUCAGAUGCACAUGUUGCAUCUGACUCCAAAGAAGUGAGUAAUGAAGAGAAGGCAGAAAAGAAAAAUAAAUUGGAAGGAACACAUGAUGGUGAUAUAAGCUUGCAGAGUGCAACCACAGUUGCAAACCACAAACCCAAAACCAGCUCAGAAGAAAGUGAAAUACUUAGUGUUCAAGAACAAGAAGGGAUUGUGUCUUCUUUUGAAUUAGCAGCACCGUCUUCAAAAGGAAAUCAAGCAGCAGCAGUGAAAAGUUUGCCUUCCUCACCAGAGUCAUCCCUGUCACCAGCUCCAUCCACACAGAGCCAGCUCACAGAAGGAUCACAUUUCAUGUGUGUAUAGUUCCAGAGAAGUACGUUCUUUUUUUCCCACCUCUCCUGUUCCUAAUAUCCUGCCAGGUAUUUGUCUGCUGUUGUUCUUGUGAGAAACAUCUGUAGCUGAUGCUCAGCUGGACAGAGUUGCCUGCAGUGUUGGAUAGAAAUCAGCCAGAAAACAAACAAAUUUGUGUAUGGGUUUGCUUGCAAGGAGUGCAUUCCCUGUCGGCUACAGAGAGAAAGGGCUGAUGGCUUUAUCAAGUGUGUUCUGCACAACUGGCAGGGCAGUAGCCCCUGCAAUUACGUGGGAAGCCUGAGCUGGUACAAACAGGGAGUUCAGGCAUGAGCAUCACUACACAGCUGCAGAUCAGUCUUGAUGCUUCAAUCAUGGGCCAAAUGGGCAACCAGAGCUCAGGCUUAGUGAUGCACAGGCUAAUGGCCUGAGUAAUUCAUGGCUUAAGACAUAGAAACAACAAUUACAGAACUUUUUUUUACCUUUUCUAUAGAGCAAGCCCUACACAGCUACUCUUGGCUGGCAUAGUGGGUGAUGGCUUCUAAGAAUCAGGUUAGUUAGGAUAGAUUGACAUGUCCCUACCUGUGGAGUUACCACUUAAUGAAUGGAAAUAUAAAGUGUGUAUUUGUUUAGAUAAGUGUUUCACAAAAUUAGCAGAAUAUCAGUGUGAGUGCUUCAGCACUUCACCAGCAUUUAAAGCAAUCCACAUUUCUUUGUUGUCAGGAAGUGUCUGUUUAAAUAUGCUUUCUACUGAAAGAAUGAGCUUUGUUUCAAUUGAAAUGUUACAAUGCCAUAGCAAAUAUAACUUUAGAAAGCUUUAAAAUCAAUAACAGUUUUAAAUUGAGAUAUUUUCUGUCAUUUCACUUGAGGAGAUUUGAAAAUGCAUUUUUUUUAAAUUUACUGUCCCAGUCUCAAUUGCCAAGAUUUCAUUUUAGCAGGGAGCAACCAGAAAUCCAUCACCAAUUGCAUGAAGCUGCUUUCAGCUCAGAUGAUCAUACCAGCAAAUCCAUUUUCUUUAGGAUUUAUGCUCAAUAAAAUAGAAAUGAAUAGGAAAAGACCUUUCACUCCCUGGUGAGGUGUGUCCCCACCAGGUGAAGCAUUUCUGUGUCCAGGACAGUUCUUCCCUCCAGAGCCUCUGAAGAUGCUUUAAUUGCAGAAGGAUCCAUCUGGAAUGGCACUUGUCAAUCUGAUUCUCUGGUUCCAGUAUUCCAGAGCUUUGCUGAGAGAUUUUGGCAUGUCUUUGAACAUACAGGAAUUCAGCAUGCCUCAUUUUCAAAAAGUCCUGUAUGGCAAAGGGAACUUCCAAGCUGUAGGAUCAGCCCUGAUCAUAUGGGACCAAAUUUUUCAGGCAGCAUCUGGAAAAUGUAGAGUAAAUUUCAGGGAAUUAAGAGGUAUUACCUGUAUUUGGCUUUUACAGUCAAUUAGGAAAUUAUACUCUUGGCACCAUGCCGGGGAAAUUUGCCACAGGAAAUUGGUGGCACAAUAUAUUGAGGGACUAAGCCCCUUAACACAAGGCUCCUUUUUUGUCACAGCCCUCAUUUUGCAGAGACAAAUCUCUGUGUGUACCACUAACCCUGUUAGAUUUUAAGCAUUGCAUUUGCACUGAGUAGGGUGUGGAUAAUGAAAUUUUAUACAGCACCUGGAUUCAAAGUUCAGGAACAUUUUUACCAAUGAACUGCUAAAAGCUAUUUAUAGAUGUCCUUGCAGCAAUUACCAAAUACAGCAAGCUCUGGAUGGAGCACUUGAACUGUGCUGCCAGUACAGUGUAGCAACUCAAUAAUUCUGCAUCCCUCUUCAAAUGUGCCUAGCAUUUCUAAGAUUAGUUAGGAUCUUUGCUAUUAUUACUGGUUUUAGGUGAAGAGCAUUUGGAGGUGACCAUGUGUAACAGGAUAAAACUCUCAGAGUAAACAGACUCUCAUUCAAAUUGUUUUAAAUUAAAAAAAAAAAAUCAGUUUUGUUUUUUUCUGUCAAAAUAUCUUGACAGCAGUAUUAUUCAUCAGGAAAACAGAUUUUGGAAACAACUUAAGAUAUCUUAUUAUGUUCUACACCUACAUUGCUAGGAUGAGGUCAGGAAUUCUUUGCUGUGCUUAAUCCCCUGCGUUCUUCAGACAAUAUUCUGUUGCUAAAUUAAACUUAUUCUGUGUCUGUCUUUCAGCACUAACGGCUUCUGUUGAAACAAUUCAUGCCUGAGAUGUAUGGACCUGACCUAUGAAAAUAUGAAAAGAUAUUGUACAGUAUAUUUUAAAUCUAUGAAAUUCAUAGUUCUGAUGCUUUUGACCACAGAGCAUCGUUUUAUCACUUCUUGGAAAAUGUUUAUUCCAAGAGAGCUUUAAAUGGCCCACGUGUACACUCAACAACCUUCAGAUUGUUCUCCUGAUACCAGCUUGCUGCUACCAUUUCUGUGCACAUUAAAUAAAGGCUCUUUUUAAUGUGCAGCCUACAGUUAGAACUUCAUUUGCUGUUCUUCAGAAUUUAAUGUUCUUUUAAUGAUGGAUCAUGUAAGUUUACUUUUUUUGCUUCUUUUAGAUGCAUAACUCGGUUAAUUUUACAUAUCACCACUAAACCUUGUUUUACACUUUUUGAACAUUACAAUUUAUUGUUUUAACAAUUUAUUUGUAAAAUUUUUAUAUAUAUAUAUACAUAUAGAUAUAUUUAAAAUGUGCCAUUUUUAUUACUGCUUAGUAAAAGAUGUCCUGUUUCUGCUGUAAUGAUUUCUUGGUCAGGUUGCAAUGUCAGCAGUUACUGCCACACUUCUGUCAGCAUAGACAUUAAUGUUAGUGGUUACUUUUUCUUGACUAAAAUGGAGUGUAGGUAUUUUGAGGUACUGGGCUUUUCCUUCAUGGGGUUAGGGUGUGUACAGCAAUAAGCAGGUUUUCAAUCCAGUACUUAGUUUGUGUACAAAUGUAAUUAUGUUCAUUGUGUAUAUAUUAUACAAUGAGCACAUACGAUGUAAGUAUAAGAAGCCACUUAUUACUGUUCAAAUACAAAUGUUCAUAUCCCAUUUCUUUUAUAUCAUAUGAAAUAAAUGUUGAUGUUCUUAAGGACUUGUACGGUUAGUAUUUCUUCCAGCAAACAGAUGUCACACUGUUCCACCUUUUGAUGUGGGGAAUGCAACAGUUCCCAUCCCACUGGGCAACACCACCUGUCAAGCAGAGUAGCAGUGACAGACUCUUAAGAGAUCCCAGUCUUCCUCUUCGGGAAAGAAUUAAGGCUGCAACAUAGAACAAAACAGACAACCUGAGACUGAGAUGCAAGAAAUACAGGUUCAGCUGCUGGCUGUCCCAGACUCAUGUUGUGAUAACUGGAAUAAUCACUUAGUCAUUCUGUGCCUCCAUUCCCUGCCUGUUUACACGGGAGCUAACAGCCUGAGUGGGGUGUGGUGAGCAGUAAUUCAAUAUUUGCAAAUGCUGAUUGCCAGGUUCAUUGGGGUUAAGGAGAGAAGUAUGAUGAUUCCUGCAGGCUUUGGCAUCUGCACAGCAUCUUCCAGAAGCUGAAGGAAAACCUGAAAUAAUCUGUCAAGUGUUGUCACACUGCAGAUGUUAGCAGCUUCACUGUUCCGUCUUGCACAGCUGCCUGAAUUUGCCUGAGACAAAAGAGGUUUAGAAAAGAAUUAAGAGAAAUGAAAGUAUUUCAUUGAAAGCUUUUGAAUCUAGGAUGUAAAGCUAAGGAAUCUUCUGCAGGUUCAGGCAACUGCUGUGUGCUUCAGUGCAUGUGUGUGCCAUAAGUGGUAAGACAAGUUUCACAGGAAGGCAGCUGCCAGCUCCUGUUGUGCUUUUUUAAUCACAAAAAUCAUAUCCUGAUCAAGUUAAUAUUGCUGUCCUAGAAACUCUAUAAUUCAUUGUGCUUUUCCACAGAGGAGUGCCUGAUCCUGGCACAGAGUUUGAAAUUACUUUACCAUUGCCCUUCUGCCCAAGUAGGAGUUUGUGUUUGUUGGAUUCUUCUGGCACUCCCAGCUCUGCUGCCAGUGUUUCCUGGUGCUCUUUGCCACAGAGAUACAGACUAUGUCAUCUGGCUACCUGUUGUUCUGCCAUUUCCUCUAAAAAGUGAAAAAAACAGGGAUCAGAAUUCUGCAGCAGAGCCUGGAGGGGUCACAGUGAAAGAGGUGGCUGAAGGAAAGAUGAAUGGUGAUGCAGGCAGACAGCAUGGAGCUGAAAAGCUACCACAUGGCCCUCUUGUUUUUUGGAACAGCAAUCCCACAUUAGUGCAUCCUUCCAUCCAAAAGGUGGAGCAAAGAAGAGGAAUGUGAUUUUAUUGCUCAACCAACCCAGGCUGAAGUGCAGUGGCAUCACUGGGACACCUGAGCAAAGCAAAGAGGACACACCCUGUUCUCUCCCUAACCCUUCCAGAGAGAGCUGUUUGCUAGCAGGCUUUGCAAUCCCUUUUUGCCCUUGCUGCCAAGAAAAGAAUUGCAACCAAUAAAGGAAAGAAUGACUAAGUGAUUUUUGGACAUUUACAGAUGUUUUCUGUGUUGGUUUGGUGUAUCUGCAAGGAACGUGCAGUUUAUGAUGGCGCUGAGCAAGGGGGAGAAUGAGCAAGUUUUGCUGAUAGAGCUGUUGGCAAAGACAGCAAAAGUGAAUGGUGCAGGAAUGUAGUAAUGACCAUAGACUGUAAUUUCACUUCCUGUGGGCACUUGCUGCAAAGACUUGGAGUUUCAUUGGGUGCUCUAUUUUUUUGUCUUAUAUAUCUAUAUUAAAAAAAUAAAAAAUUAAUAAAUGUAUGGCUUUGUGUUAUCACAGAGCAUCUACUGUUUCUUACCUCAUCAGAAUAGCUCAUCCCAGUGAUCAUACUCCUGAGAUACAGAAAUAUCAGAAUACUGAUACGGUCAGCCUUCAAACAUCUAUUUUAAGUUUGUAUCUAGGAUAUUUUUAUAUUUCUGACUGAUUGCUUUAUUGGCUAUUGCACUGACACUUGUAUAUAUGGAACGUGCUUUUUUUCAAAAGCAAGAGUCCUUAGGGAUAAUGCAACACAUUCUCUACAGAUGUUCAUGCUUUUCAGAACCAAUUACAUCUAUUUUUGUCUUUUGUUCACCAUUUGCAUUGUUCCAAGGCUACUAGAGAAUGUGAUUCUUUUAAGUCCCUUAAUAAAGUGACAUUACUCACAAAGUU